AUGCCGCCAUUACUGCGCUCAAUUGUCUGUAGAGUGAAGCCGAUUCGACAGCUUCCAGGUGUACAGCGUGUCUCUUUUGAGCGGUAUCAGUCGACGUCAAGUGAUAACGCACCUGCCACCGCUGCUCUCAGUCCAAGAUGGCUCUCAGAUGUCAAGCUGCGCAUUGGAAAGUGCAUUAGUUUUGGAAUCAAUCCAGCACAAGUCGAGGAGGCUGGUUCGAUAUUGCAAGAGACAGCGGAAGAUUGGAGAGAACUCGUAGGUGGAAGCGAAGGCUUUCUCACUGGCAAGCAAUGGCGUGGACUCUACCGGCAAGAGGUUGUUUGGGGAGAGAUGGGUCACGUGAAUAAUGUCAUGUACAAUCGGUAUGCUGAGUCUGCCCGGGUCAACUGGACACUGAACUUUGCGGCUAGCGACCCGCAGCAUCGGGCUGAGUGGCUGGAGCUCAUGACACCAAAAAGUAUUGGUCUGAUUCUGCGAAGUAUCAAGACUGACUACAAAUUUCCAAUGACAUGGCCAGACAGGAUCACGGUACUCCACAAACUCCGCAACAAGCCUAGCCAAGGCAGUGAUCAUUUCAUUCUCGAUGUCAUGAUUCUGUCCGAGGCACAUCGUCGUCCGGCAGCGCGUUGUGUUGAAGACAUUGUAGUUUACGACUACAGGACAGGCAGAAAGUCACCACUGCCACCUUUUAUGGUUGAAAAGUUCCAGGAAACAUUCAAUUUGCAGGAGCAGGCCAAGGCAAGAAACAGUGGUAGGGUCAAGGCACUAUUGGAUAGGGUGAGAGCGUUGGAGAAGGGCAGCUGGGAUAGACCAGAUGCCAAGGAGGACUUUGGAAGUGCGAAUGAUGCAUAA